AUGCCACGACUGCAGACGCUCUGGACAACCGAGAAUUCUGCAAAAAUUUCACGGAGUAGAAGAAGCGGAGUCCGAAGCAGAAGCGACAAUCUGUCAACAGCGUCACCAUCGCUUCGACUCAUGCUGACGUCGCCAGUACGCACGCGUCUCGAUACUGGAGCAGACGUAACAUUGCCGAGCACAGCAAACUGGACGGCCAUGGGUCGACUGAAGCCGUAA